AUGGGCGACAUGGCGAACGAGAUCAAGCUCCUCAGCGGCAACAGCCACCCGGUUCUGGCCCGGCUGGUCGCUGACCGGCUGGGAAUCGACAUCGCGAAGACUAUGAGCCUCAAUUACUCGAACCAGGAGACCAGUGUAACCAUUGGCGAAUCAGUUAGAGACGAGGAUGUCUUCAUUAUCCAGUCGACUGCCCCUGGGGACAUCAAUGACGGACUCAUGGAGCUCCUCAUUAUGACCCAUGCUUGCAGGACCGCCUCCGCGAGGCGGAUCACUUGCGUCCUUCCAAACUUCCCCUAUGCUCGUCAGGACAAGAAGGACCGCAGCCGAGCUCCCAUUUCCGCAAAACUCAUUGCCAACAUGAUCCAAACUGCUGGUUGCAAUCAUGUUAUCACAAUGGAUCUCCACGCCAGCCAGAUCCAGGGCUUCUUCAAUAUCCCAGUCGACAACUUGUACGCUGAGCCAUCUGUUCUUCGUUGGAUCCGUGAAAAUCUUCCCAUCGAGAAGUGCGUCAUCGUCUCGCCUGACGCCGGUGGUGCCAAGCGUGCCACAUCCACCGCAGACCGCCUGGAGACAGGCUUCGCUCUCAUUCACAAGGAGCGACCUCGGCCAAACGAGGUCAGCCGUAUGAUCCUUGUCGGUGAUGUGAAGGACAAGAUUGCUAUUUUGAUCGACGAUAUGGCCGAUACGUGCGGUACUCUGGCAAAGGCAGCCGAGACUGUCCACGACCAUGGAGCCAGCGAGGUCGUCGCCAUCGUGACCCACGGAAUCCUUUCCGGGAAUGCCAUCGAUAUCCUGAACAAGUCAAAACUGUCACAAGUUGUCAUCACGAACUCUGUACCGGUGGGCGACAAGGUAAACCAAUGUCCCAAGUUGCGCAUCAUCGACGUGAGCGCAACGAUUGCGGAGGCCAUUCGUCGAACCCACAACGGAGAAUCAGUGUCAUUCCUCUUCUCGCACGUUCCGAUCUAA